CUGCUGUUGUUUGCGCCUUAAUUCAUGUUAUCAGUGUAACUAUUUCCAAAAUGCAGUGAAUACUUAAAUGAGAGCGUUGACUUCUUAUUUACGGAAAGAAUUACUGCGACAAAAAUUUGUUUGUGAUUGUAUAUUAUGUCUCAAGCGACUGACGAAAUAGCUGACAUAGCAAUGACAAGCACAGAGCCAGACUCCUCACAAAAUCAUACACAUGAAGCUACAUCAAGCUUAAGUGCAGACGAUGCAUCAUCAAGCAAUGCCGGGACUCCUGCAGGCAGUGAAGGACAGGCUUCCCGGCAGUCUAACCUACAAAGGAUACAACAAAGAAAACAACAAGUUUUCAACUGGCCCCAUAAUAAAAAACUACUCAAACUAGCUAUAUAUUCAGCCUGUCAGACACCAGAUUGUAACUGCAAUGGAUGGAAGACUCCAGUAACACAGCACGCGGGCAAGACUCCUCGGGCUGAUAACCAGCCCCUUGCCAGCUUCAAUGACGUGUGUAGAAAUUGCAACCAUGUAUUAGAGAAACAUGUAAGUCAGCUACAAGGUUUGCCUGUAGCAGAAGUGAAUAGGCUGCUCGGUGCUGUUGUAGACGUAGAGAACAUAUUUAUGUCGAUGCAAAGAGAAGAUGACCACAACACUAAACAAGUUUACUACUAUUUAUUUAAGAUACUUCGUAAAUGCAUCUUAACGCGUUCCCAGCCUCGGAUCGAGGGACCACUGGGACAACCUCCAUUCGAAAGGCCUUCCAUAGCCAAAGCAAUAACAAACUUCGUUCUCUACAAGUUCAAUUCAUUACCACAAAGGGAAUGGCAAACAAUGUAUGAUUUGGCCAAGAUGUUCCUUCACUGUUUCAAUCAUUGGAAUUUUGAAACGCCCAGCGUCAGAAAGCUGCAAGUUUCAAACCCUGAAGAUAUAUCAGCCUACCAGAUUAAUUAUACGAGAUGGCUCGUGUUCUGCCACGUGCCCGCGUUCUGCGACUCGCUGCCCCACUACGACACGUCGCUGGUGUUCGGACGGACGCUGCUGCGCGCCGUGUUCAAGUCCGUGUGCCGCCAGCUCAUGGACAAGUGCCACUUGGAGAGGGACAGAAUGCCACCAGAGAAAAGGGUACUGGUUCUGACCCACUUCCCUCGGUUCCUGGCUCUAUUGGAAGAAGAAAUAUUUAGUCCAAACUCUCCGAUCUGGGACCCGGACUACAAGCAAGUACCGCCUAAUCAUUUGCAAGCGAUGCUGGAUAAUAAAACUUCAAGUCGUCGUGUCGGUGAAUUUGAACGAGUUACGGCAUCCGGAGACAGUAAGGAUGGGUUCACGACGGUUACACUGUCAUCUGGUUCGAUAAAGCAGGAGGGCGUGAAGCGUGCGGGCGUGAGUGUGAGCGGGACGGGCGGCAAGCGGCGCCGCGUGUGCUCCGAGGGCAGCGAUGACGUCAGCCAGCGCACGGUGGCCGACAUCGUGGCGACUAUCUCCGACCCCAACUACAUGUGCGGACCGGACGCAUUAUUCCAAACGCAAGCACCGCGCGACGAGGCGGCCAAAAUCGAAGAACAAAGAAAAUUAAUAGAGUUUCACGUGAUCGGCAACUCUCUGACUGGGCCCGUCAACAAACAGACAAUGCUAUGGUUGAUCGGUCUCCACAACGUUUUCUCCCACCAACUACCGGAAAUGACUAAAGAAUACAUAUCGCAAUUAGUGUUCGAUCCGAAACACAAGACAUUGGCUCUGAUCAAAGAAGGCAGGCCGAUUGGUGGCAUCUGCUUCAGGACAUUCCAUUCGCAAGGCUUCAGCGAGAUAGUGUUCUGUGCGGUCACGUCCAACGAACAAGUGAAAGGAUACGGCACUCACCUCAUGAACCACCUCAAGGAUUACCACAUCCGAAACAACAUACUGCACUUCCUUACCUUCGCCGAUGAAUUUGCAAUAGGCUACUUCAAGAAGCAGGGUUUCAGUAAAGACAUUAAGCUGCCUAGAGCUAUGUACCAGGGAUACAUAAAGGACUACGAGGGAGCGACCCUCAUGCACUGCGAAUUGAACCCUAGAAUAGUAUACACACAGUUCACUUCGGUUAUUAGGAUGCAGAAAGAGAUCGUAAAGAAACUUAUAGAUAUGCGACAGAAGGAAGUUAGAAAAAUAUAUCCCGGCCUCACUUGCUUCAAGGAAGGUGUCCGCAGCCUCCCCCCGGAGUGCAUCCCCGGGGCGCGCGAGGCAGGGUGGCGCGCCCCCCCGCCCCCUCACGACCCCGACCCCGACCCCGUCACCCUGCGGAACGUGCUGCACGCAGUAAAGAACCACGCGACGGCCUGGCCGUUCCUGAAGCCGGUCGACAAGGCGGAGGUGCCGGACUACUACGAUCACAUCAAGUAUCCGAUGGACUUGCGCACGAUGGGGGAACGUCUCAAGGCGCGCUACUACGUGUCCAAGCGGCUGUUCAUAGCGGACAUGACCCGAAUAUUCAACAACUGCAGACUCUACAACUCGCCCGACACCGACUACUACAGGUGCGCGAACACUCUUGAGAAAUAUUUCCAAACUAAAAUGAAAGAGGUCGGACUGUGGGAUAAAUGAUCGAAGUUUAAUUUCGACGAGUACUUUGUGGGCGAACUCACGGGUGCUCACGAAAUGUACGAACUGCCUGAAGCUACCGUAGAGAGUACGUAAAUUUAAGAAUUCACUCACAAAUUUAACAUAAUAUAAUAAACUCGAAAUAUGAAACAGUGUUUAGAAUCAGGUGCCGUUAAAUAAUUUAAUCUAAAACUCAAGAACUCCAAGAAACACAUUAAUCUAUAGAAAAAAUAUUUUUUUAAAGUACAUACGAUUAUAUAAAUAAAUAAAUAUGCCUCUGUGUCUAGAAAAUUAAGUAAUUUGAUGUAUAUAGUUAGUAUUACGUACGUAUAUCAAAAGGUUUAAAAUUUAUAUUUUGUAUAAUGUAGUAAGUACAUCCUCAAAUUAACCAAUAGCUACUUUGAAACAAAA